CAGUGGAAACCUAUAUUGAAGUUGAAUAUCAGAGACACUUAUCAGCUAAAUACUUUCCUGAAAUUCUUUGUAGUCUCAAUGCUAGUACUGAAGUAACUCUUAAAUUAAUUUUGGUAGAAGAUACUGAAAAAGUUAACAGGAAGGAAAUUUCUCAUACUAUUAAGAAUAUUAAGGAAAAAAUUAAAGAUGCAGAUACAGAAUCAAUAGCAAAUACAUCUGAUAUUACUUUCAAUAAAGCUGAAAUUCUUAAGCAAAAUCCUAUAUGCUCUUUCACUAAUAAUAUUGCUCUACAAU